AUGAGCUCCAGAGAAACCGUCCUUAUCACAGGCUGCAGCGAUGGCGGAAUUGACUCCGAACUGGCCCUCGUCUUCCAAGAGUGCGGGUUUCACGUUUUUGCUACAGCUCGCAAUCCCUCCAAGAUGUCUAAGCUUAGGGGUCUGCCUAAUGUGACGCUGUUGACACUCGAUGUUGUCAAGUCAACUGAUAUCAAGGCUGCCGUCGAAGUAGUCUCAAGGGAGACGGGGUGGAACCUCUUCGAGAUCAACCUCAUCGCUCCAAUUUCUCUUACUCAAGCCUUUGCCCCCUUGCUUAUCAAGGCUGAGGGUAUGGCUGUGUAUAUUACCUCUAUCUCUGGAUAUCUGAACAUCCCAUACAUGAGAACCUAUUCGGCAUCCAAGAGGUCUUUGGAAAUCGUAGCUGAAACUCUACGACUCGAAUUGGCCCCCUUCGGUGUUGAUGUCUUGGAAAUCGUUACGGGUGCUGUCAAAACAUUGGGCCAGACGUACUUUGGCGAUUUUCAGCUUCCGGCGGAAUCACUGUAUAAAGGCAUUGAGGAUACAAUUGCUGGUAGGGCUUAG